AUGCCUUUUCCAUACAAGGACGACAUCACCGGCGCCGAGCUGGUCGCCGAAUACGCCCCCUUUAUCAAGAACAAGACCAUUCUCACCACCGGCGUCUCGCCCAACAGCCUCGGAGCCAACUACGUCGAGACCAUUGCUGCCGGACAGCCCAAGCUCCUGAUCCUCGCCGGCCGAGACCUGACCAAGGUGAAGCAAACAGCCGAGUCCAUCAGCAAGGCGCAUCCUAAUGUCCAGACACGAGUCCUCCAGCUCGACCUCAGCUCCUUUGCUGCCGUGCGAAGGGCGGCCGCCGAGGUCAACUCAUGGGACGACGUGCCCGCCAUCGACGUGCUGAUGAACAACGCCGGCAUCAUGGCUGUGCCGUACAAGAUCUGCGAGGACGGAUACGAGAGCCAGCUCACGUGCAACCACCUGGGUCACUUUCUCCUGACCAACUUGAUCUUUGACAAGGUCCUUGCUUCGACGGACAAGCGCGUGGUCAACGUCAGCAGCGGCGGCCACUGGUUCAGCGCAAUCCGCUACGCCGACAUCAACUACGAUGGCGGCGAGACGUACGAGAAGUGGAACGCGUACGGCCAGUCCAAGACGGCCAACAUUCUCUUUUCCAUCGGCUUGGCAAAUAAGUAUGGCGACCGCGGCGUGCUGGCUUACAGCUUGAAUCCCGGAGCGAUCGCGACGACGAAUCUUGCGGGACACUUGGACUUUGCUCCCGGGGGGGAUCUCGACUCGCUGGCACGAAUCACUCGGUUGACUGCGUCGCCGUUGGGCUGGAUGGAAAAGGAGUUGCUUUCACUUGAACGAGGAGUGGCCACGCACAUCUUCGCGUCUUUUGAUCCUGUCCUCAAGGACCACAAUGGCAAGUAUCUGCUGGAAAAGGCCCGCGUGGCCGAUUACUAUGUCGACCCGGUCCAUCCCCAUGCCAUUAGCAAUGUCGAGGCGGACAAGCUGUGGGAGCUGAGUGUCAAGGCAGUUGGACUGUAG